AUGGCUGUCCCAAUUUCCACCGUGGCGGAGAGUAAGGAGCUCCGCGGCCUGAACCUCAUCGCCGCCCACUCCCAUAUCAGAGGUCUCGGUGUCGAUGUCGACUCUUUGCAGCCCCGUGGCGCAUCUCAAGGCCUCGUUGGCCAGGAAAAGGCGCGCAAGGCCGCUGCGGUCAUUCUGCAGAUGGUCAAGGAAGGCAAGAUCGCUGGACGUGCUGUUUUGAUUGCCGGACCUCCUAGCACCGGAAAGACCGCCAUCGCCAUGGGUAUGGCCCAGUCGCUCGGCUCAGAUGUACCAUUCACGAUGCUCGCCUCCUCCGAAAUCUUCUCGAUGGAGAUGUCCAAGACCGAGGCUCUGACCCAGGCCUUCCGGAAAUCGAUCGGUGUGCGAAUCAAGGAGGAGAGCGAGAUUAUUGAGGGUGAAGUCGUGGAGAUCCAGAUUGACCGAAGCGUCACCGGGGGCAACAAACAAGGCAAGCUCACGAUCAAGACCACCGACAUGGAAACGAUUUACGAUAUGGGAACAAAGAUGAUCGACUCAAUGACCAAGGAGCGUGUGAUGGCGGGCGACGUUAUCUCGAUUGACAAGUCUUCUGGCAAGAUCACCAAGCUUGGUCGUUCGUACGCCCGCUCGCGCGAUUACGACGCCAUGGGCGCCGACACCAAGUUUGUUCAGUGCCCUGAAGGUGAACUUCAAGUUCGUAAGGAGAUUGUGCAUACCGUCAGCCUUCACGAGAUUGAUGUCAUCAAUUCGCGCUCACAAGGAUUCUUGGCUCUGUUCUCGGGUGACACAGGCGAAAUUCGCAGUGAAGUUCGCGACCAAAUUAACACCAAGGUCGCCGAGUGGAAGGAAGAGGGCAAAGCGGAGAUCAUCCCGGGUGUUCUGUUUAUCGACGAGGUCCACAUGCUUGACAUUGAGUGCUUCUCCUACAUCAAUCGGGCCCUCGAGGCUGAGCUGGCACCCAUCGUUAUCAUGGCCAGCAACCGCGGUCAGGCCAAGAUCCGCGGCACCAGUUAUACAUCCCCACAUGGCUUGCCCCUCGACUUCCUGGACCGAGUUGUCAUUGUCAGUACCCAGCCAUACACUGCGGAUGAGAUCCGACAGAUUCUGGCCAUUCGCGCCCAAGAAGAGGAGAUCGAUGUCUCACCGGAUGCCCUGGCUCUUUUGACCAAGAUUGGCCAGGAGUCCAAUCUCCGAUAUGCGAGCAACAUCAUUACCACCUCUCAUCUCCUCAGUCAGAAGCGCAAAGCCAAGGAAGUCAGCAUCGAUGAUGUCCAGCGCAGUUUCCGUCUCUUCUAUGAUUCGGCCCGCAGUGUCAAGUUUGUCAACCAAUAUGAGCAGCGCUUCAUUGGCGAUCAGGGGUUGUGA